AUGUCUAAGGGUCGUGUCUGUCUCGCCUACUCCGGAGGUCUUGAUACCUCUACCAUCCUAGUAUGGUUGAUUUCCGAGGGCUAUACUGUCGUCUGCUUUUUAGCGGAUGUUGGUCAGGAGGAAGAUUGGGCCGCCGUCGAGAAGAAGGCUCUAAGCUUGGGUGCUGAACGCAUGAUAAUCGACAACCUCCAAGAGGAAUUCGUGGAGAAGGUCAUCCAUAGAGCAAUCCAAUGCAAUGCCAUCUAUGAGGAUCGAUACCUCUUGGGUACCUCUCUAGCUCGCCCAAUCAUUGCAAAAGCUCAGGUUAAGGCAGCCAUUGAGAACAACUGCGACUUUGUUUCCCACGGAUGCACUGGCAAAGGGGGCCGCGCAGAUCUGCUUCGCUACGCAGCUGAGAAGAAGAUCCCAGUUAGCUCGACCCCGAAAGAACCUUGGUCCAAGGAUGACAACCUAGUGCAUUGUUCGUACGAAGCUGGUAUCCUCGAAGAUCCCGAUCACACCCCUCCUAAGGAGUUAUGGACCCGAACCGUGGAUCCGCUUGAUGCUCCCAACGAGCCAACUGAUUUCUCUAUUCACUUCGAAGCAGGUAUUCCUGUCAAGGUCAUCCUCGCAGGCCAGGAGACUACCGGCAGUGUAGCCGUGUUCAAGCUCUUGAACAAGAUAGGCCACGAUAAUGGUGUAGGCCGAAUCGACAUUGUAGAAAACCGCUUUAUCGGACUCAAGAGCCGUGGUUGCUACGAUACACCUGGACUCACUAUUGCACGACUUGCGCAUCUUGAUCUUGAAGGUUUGGUCCUCGACGGCCGAGUUCGCGAAUUACGUGACCAGUUCGUUACGCACUCGUGGAGUCGCCUUCUCUACAACGGUCUCUACUUCAGCCCCGAGAGGGAAUUCCUUGACAAUUCCAUUCUCUUCUCAUCCCAGAACACAACCGGUGUUGUACGAUUGAGGGCAUACAAAGGACAUGUAUACGUGCUUGGCCGCUCCAGUAACGCCAGCAACCUUUACUCUGAAGAGGCCGCAUCUAUGGACUCUCUAGAGGGCUUUUCGCCCCAGGACACAACUGGCUUUAUUGCUAUCCAAGCUAUCCGCCUCAAGAAGUACGGCGAGCAGCGCGAUAAGGACGGCAACUCCCUAACUCAGUCUUAG